UUCUAAUCAAAGAUUUAAUUUUAAUCAAUUUUCAUGACACGCAAUUGAAAACGUAAAAUUUGUUAGGAAAAUAUAUAGCAUAGGAGAGAAUUUACCGGUGAAGCCCUUUAAAUAUUUUACGUAAGGUUUAAAUGAAUUAGUUCCCCUCUUGUACUUCGUUCAGUUAACAUGGUAGUCGAUGAUACAAAGGUCGACAAUCAUGAGAAUGUUUCAUUACUUAUAAACUUAUAGUAUCGGACGUUUUCAGUUUUUGGUUGAAAUCUUUCUUCUUUUAUUUAUUUAUUUAUUUUUUUUUUAACUAUUGUGAUCAAGCUUAUUGAGAAAAUUGUAAUCAUCUUAGAAAGAUGGAAGUGCUUAUUGACUGUUACUUCGACAGAUUGUUUGCCGAGUUGGAACGCAGUUGUCUCGCAUCGCGAUACAAGCGACGAGAACUGGUCGGAUAUUUUUCAGAUGUCAUAAACAGUUGUGCGGAAGCGGAGAAAUUGGACAAACAAGACGUCUGCGAGAGAAUAGUAGAAUCUGCUCUACGUUAUCACAACAUUACCAUGAUGGAAAAUGGUCAAGUUUGUUUAUUAGGAAAAUUUCAUAAUGUUCUUUAUGUAGCAGCCAAACUUUGUUUCGAUUGGAAGUUACGCAAUAACGAGAUAGUUACUCGUUUGUUAAAUGACAUAUUUUAUUGCGAGAAGACAUUUGAAAGGAUUUUUGUGGGAGCUAUAUUUGGUAUUAGAGUGACGCAUUUCUUAUCUGGUUGGAAAAGCGACUUUGAAGAUCGGGAGGAAAAUAUCAAUGCUUUGAUAUACUUUAUGGAUCAUGCGGUUAAAGGUAAAUUGGAAUAUCGUUGCGCAUCAUCUACUAUAAAAUCUCGUUUUAUCGACGUUCCAAUGGAAUCUUAUGGUCAAGUUGUUCCACUCAGAGUUGCGAUUCAACAUGGUGCACCUGAUAUACUUAUGAUAAUGUUGCGAUAUGGUGCAUCGAUAGAAUCAGACAAGCUAGCACCUUCACCGAUAGAAAUUCUCCUUGCUAAAUUGAACGAGUUCGAUGUUCCAUUGGAUAAAGAAAAAAGAAACUUUCCGAAAGAUUUAGUAAUAUGUUUGAAAUUAUUACUAAGAACUAUACCUACGGCAAAUGUAAAAACACCAACUCAUAUAGCUGCUCAAAGUGGAGUCUUUAGCGUAGCCAUGUACGAACAUUACCCUAAUCUUGUGGAACGAAAUCUUGUGCCUCCGGAAAGAAGUGGAUUGUGUCCACCAGAAUUAAUGCAUCUUUGUCGUUGUAAUAUAAGAGAAACAUUGUUUAGAAAUUGGGCUCUUCCACACGGCAUUCAAAGUCUUCAAAUACCUCAGACUUUGAGAAAUUAUUUGGAUAUAAUGUACGAUUGAUCGAAAUUCAUUUCAUAGUUCUUCCAUAUAAAUAAGAAAAAGGAAAUGAAUCUUAUGGAAGUCGUUGAUUACGACGCUGGCUCAUUUGGAACGAGAAAAGAAAUGGAUAAAUGAUUCCAGAAGUAGAAAAGAUUCUCCUUAUCGGUUGAUUGGUGUUCAUUAGGAUCGAUAAAAACAAGUUCUUUGUAAAAAGUAUAGACGAUCAUGCGGCUCUAUAGCCAUUAUGGUAAAACUAUACAAUGAACUAAAGCGCUUUCUAAUCUCUUGAUCUCCCUAAUACUUCAGACUAUUUUUUCGAUUAAAGUAUCGUAAUUAAUUUAAUACUGAGAGUCUUAAUCGAAUUACGGAAUUGUUUUUAUCUAACUUUGAACGAAUCUAAAGUGUAUAUCGGAUUGAGAAAAUUGAAGAAAAAUACUCUCCUAAACGAGAAAAUUAUAUGAAGAAGGAUCACUUAAGAUGAAUUAAAGGUAGAAUAUUAUCUUAACACUUAGGUAUCAAUAAUUUUCUGAUACAAAAAUGAAUUCGAACUUGUUGGUAAAUAUUUUUUAACGCGCCAUUAGGCUAAUUCGUUACUUUUCGUAAUUAACUGUCCGUUAUAUUUCUUAUAAAAAAACUUUCAAGUUUAUUGGUCAUUGAUCGAUGAUAAAAGGUAACAGAUGUAAGUUAAAGGAACUUGCGUCAAGCACAACGGAUAACGUGUAAAUUACGAGAAAACUAUCCGUAAUAUUGGCAUAAGCGACGUUCUCGUAAAUCAUAGAGAAUUCCCUGUGCGACUGAACGAGAAGGGAAACGGCUUUCCCUCGUCGAUAGUACGAACCGAUCGAUAAUUGCGAGUAAUAUUACGACCUUACGACACGCGUGCACACCUUCUCCUUUUGGAAAAUUCGUACCUAAAUAUACGUAAAUACCUGUGUACGUAUUAACGCAACCAACGCAAGGCUGAGAACAUUACGGCGAACGGUAUGUGGCUAGUGUCGAUGAAAGAGAGUUGAAAGAAAAAAAAGAAAGCGGACGAAUGAAGAAAAAAAAAAAAAGAACA